AUGGCACCGGUUGUUCGUGGUGGGUACUGGGGCGACAUCACAUCGUCGGUUGAUUGGUGCGAGGAGAACUACGAGUGGACACCAUACAUUGCCGAGUUCUUCAAUGCGUGGUCGUCGCUGGCCAUGGUGUUUCUGGGCGAAUCCUGUGCACACAUGAACCCCACUGGGCACAAAGGGUUUACAGUUUUGUCUCGCACAAUAACCGUGGUGGGCAUCGGCAGCUGGCUGUUUCAUGCGACGCUGAAAUACCAGAUGCAGAUGCUGGACGAGCUGCCGAUGCUGUGGUCGGUGGCCACCGCGCUAUACAUGACACUGGUGACGCAGACAAAUAUCAGCACACAGCGGCUGCAGCAGGUGCUCGGGCUGUGGACACUUGUGGUCACAGCGGUGACUGCCGGGUGCAGCGGGCAAGUGCAGUUUCUGCUGUUCCAGUUCAGCUUCAACAUCUGCACUGUGGUGGUGGGAUACAUGCUUUGGCGGGCAAAGCGCGGGCUGGAUGCGGCGCGAAUGGGGCACAUUGGGCGGCUAUUCGUGGAUGGCAGCAAGGUGUAUCUGUGCGCCGCCGCUGUAUGGCUUAUUGACACGAACCUUUGCCCGUAUAUAAACGGGCACGAUUUGCGCUCGGUCCUGCCCGUCAAUCUGCAGCUGCACGCCUGGUGGCACGUCCUUGUGUCGUUUGGCCUGACGUACCUCGUGGUGCUGAUGAUGGCACACUACUGCGUGGUCAACAGCAUUCCGUUCAAGUUCAAGCGCGUGCUCUAUAUCUUUCCCUACAUUUGCGCAGCACAGGAAAAGUAG